AUGCAAGAAGCCAUGGCUUCACCAUCACCCAACCUCCUAGCUCCCUCCCCUGUCUCCUCCUUCCCCGCAUUUGAAGACAUCGUCAACUCUGAGUCUGCCCUCCUCAAACAUGUUAGUCGCAACUACGCCCACACGUCUUUUGACACCUUCACGAGUUCAGGAUAUGUGGAUUUCGCAUACACCGUCGAGAAUAUGCGCUGGACUGCCUUGGCGCAGCUGGAGUGCGAGCCCCUGCCACGCAGGGAGAUGGAUCGCUUGUGGAUCAAUAUUGUAAUGGAGUUCUGGGUGAAAAUGGCGUGGUGUUGGGAGGGGGAUGUGGAGGGGAUUGUUAUUGCGUUGCUUGAGAGAGAGGAUGGGAAGGGAGUGGAGGAGAUGUGGGAGGAUAGAAAGAUGGAGUAUCCGGAGUUGGAUACCAGCCUUUGCUAUCCGAUGAUUGGGCAUAAUGGCAUCUUUGAGGAUUACCUUGACCUUGGGAUCCGCGCCGUGAUUAAUCCGGAGAUCCGCUGCUAUCUUGAGAAGAUGGAGGAUGGAACUAACUAUGACUCUGAAAUUGGAGAGGGGGUUUCUAACCUUGAGUUUGCAGAGCUUGGUAUCGAGGAGGAUGGUGAGAUCGAUGAUGGUGCUGCGUUCGAGGAAGCUAUUGAGGAAGCUAUUGAGAAGGUGAAGGCGAAGAUUGAGAGAGAGAGAUUUGGUGACAAAGACGGGGAUGAGAAUGUAAUUGAGAUCAAGAAGGAGGAUGAGGGAUCUGGCAACAAAGAUGGUGUUGACAAUGAAGCUGUGGUCAUUAAGCAAGAGAAAGAUAUCAAACAAAAGAAGGAUAUCAAGCAGGAGAAAGAUGAAUCGGCCCAGAACAUUCCUGCUGAUACCCAGGCCACCAUCUCAACCCCUGGAAUUGGCAUCACUCCUCCCAACCCACCAAGCCGCCUUGGAAAUACCAUCUUGAGGCCUGAAGCUGCCAUCCCGGCCAGCCACUAUGCAGCCAGGCCAACUAUGGAUGGACCCAGUGCCCCUGGACCCAGUGCUAGCAGAGCGUCAAACAAUCUCGGCGAGGUGGUGGAGAGAUUUUCCAUUGAAGAGUCUCCCAGGAUUACGCUAAGGGUUAUUGCACUACAAAAUCCAAUCAAGAAAGAACCGUACGAUAUGUUCCCACACCUGGCCAACGCUCCCUCGAGUUCCAUUUUCCGUGGUGAAGAUGCCGUUCAGGAACUCCUCCCCAAGGCAGCCCCUAAGGUGACGACGGCCCCCAAAGUGGAGACAACGGGACUAUCUGGAUCCUUCAAACUGAUCGAUGGAGUUUCUCACUUUAUUCCCCGCAAUGAGGACCCAGCCCCGAAGGAUAGUAUCUGCGAUGUGUUUGACAUGGCAUACGAAGACGCCUGUAAAGUCCCUGGCUUCUGGGAGGAGCCCAUGUGGAAUGGAGUCCAAGUUUAUAAGAUGUCUCCUUUGACCCUUGCUCAGCACUAUGCGGCUCACAAAAAAGCUAAAACUUCCCACGCCAAAACUUUCAUCUUCGGCCCAACCCCCGUCUACCAGCCUCCGACUGCUGCCACCAUCCCAGCUCCUGUUUUCCAGGCCCAAACUCGUGCAUACAACCCAGCUCCUCUCUUCCAGGCCAGAACGGGUGCUCACAGCUCAGCUCCCACUUUCCGUGCUGUCAGCUACCCAAGUCCCAACACAGCUCCUGUGUUCCAGGCUAAUUUCUAUGCUGCCAACUACUCGACUCCCUACGGGCCUCCAGGCUUCCAGGCCCCUCCCACCAUCUCCAGAUCCGCCCCCAACUUCCAUGCCGGCAACUACUCAACCCCCAACACAGCUCCAGGUUUCCAGGCCCCUCCCCCCGUCUCCAGAUUCGCCUCCAACUACAACGACCCCAACUACAUCCACCUCAACUACUUAGCCGCCAUACCAGCUCCUCCAAUCUUCAUCAAUUUGACGGCCGCCGAUUUCAAAGAGAUGUAUGCUUCGACCUUCGUCAAUCUGACUGCCGCCGACUUCGACAAGAUGGAGGUGCAUAACUCCUUGGCUGUUCCGAAAAUCCGUCAGGACCCCAGAAUCAAGGCUGAGGGGGAUGAUGAUUUCAAAAUGGAGUCUGAGCGCUGCUACUCUGACUCCAUCCUUGCGAGGAAGAGGGCCCGUGAUGUGGAUUCCGAGGAUGAGGAACUGAACCUCGAGCGCCCAAGGAAGUUCAGCGGAUGAAGGGUUUUUACGACAACUGUAACUGAGUGGGAUUUGUUUACUUUGAUUACUGGAUGGGCUGUUUUUAGUUUCAGUUUCUAGUUUUGUUUUCUUUUGUUUUCAGUGUCUAGGAUGGCAACAUGCAAAGAGACGGAGCUAUGUUGACUUGAUCGGGGGUUGGAGUCGGAGAACGGAUUGCGCAAUCUUUGAG